AUGCAAAUCUCAAAACUACACAAGCGUAAUCAUUGCAAACCCAUUUGGAAAGCCACUAAAUAUCUUCACGAUACUCAGAUAUGUAGCUCACGAUUGAACUUUCAUAGGAAAGUAUUUGGUUUUGAAAAAUCAGGUGAUAUCUGUAUAAUCGUACACGGCGGUUGCGGACAGUGCAGAAACUCGGUCAUAUGUGAGAAACUCAACGGCUGUAAGAAAGCAGCUUCUUUAGGCUACAAAAAAAUGAUGGUUGGAGAAAAUGCUCUCAGUGCAGUCGAAACUGCUCUGCGGUGGCUUGAGUGUGACGAGUGGUUUAACUGCGGUUAUGGCUCAGUUUUGAAUCAAUUAGGUCUGUCGCUGUGGUUCAAAUGUAUUUAUCAUUAUCUCCAAAACUCAGAAUUUUCAAUAUGUCAAAGGUGA